AAUCGCCGCGGCACUGAUUGUUUUUGUAUCAUCGCAAGUAACAUUUGCUUGAAAUUGUUUGUCCAUAUCCGCUCGACUAGUACUCAAUACGCCUGAAAUUGUGGAGUGGUGUGCGAUCAAGUAUGCAGAAAGAGCAAAGAUUUUGUGUGCUCGUAAAUUGGACUUUAUUCUAUCAAUGGACCCUCGAGCCCUCGAGCUCUAUGAAUCUAACAAAAAAGUCGCAUCCCAAUCAAAUUUUCUUUUAAUACCCUUCAACUGGUGCAAUUUAAGGGAAGUUUAAGGUGCCAGUUUAAGCAAGGUACAUUUAGGAUUUCAAUCCAUCUUGCAGAUUAAGGGAAAUAGUUCGAAUUCCAGAUAAUUGGUCCGCUUCUCGAGAAGAUCUUCAUAUUAUUCAUUAAUGAUGUGUAUGUAAUUUUGUUUGUGCACUGUUAGUUAUCUUAAUUAGGCCAUACGGCUCGUUGAAGAUUAACCAAUAAAUAAUAAUAAUAAAAAUAAUCCGUGCUCGAAAAUGUCAAUUGAAAUGGAAUGUCAUCAAUUUUGGUUUCACGCUUCACGAUGCAACGCUAUUUGGCGGAAUGUCUGGUUGCACGGUGACAGUUAACGAAGCGAACUCGAUUUCUGUGAAAUGGCAUGUUUUUGUUUUUCAUUUAACCAAUUUAUCAUAUUUGAGAUAAAACAUACAAGUUCCUCUGUUCGCUUGUACAUCAGCGCAGUUCAGAAUGGCAGCCUCGCAAUUAGUUGAAAAGUUAAAGUUUGGUGAAAAGUACAUUUUGGCAAACAUCGUAGUACUGCCAUUAGACAAAGCACCGGCAGGCAGGGUUGCGCUGAAAUCCGAUGCCACAUUACCGGCUCCUCGAUUUCCCAAACCAUAUAACAAAGAAUGUGAAUUUGCGGCCCGAAACAAAUUCCUCACGGGCGAUGUAUGGGAGUCGUUUGUCUACCGAAAGCUGUACGAUUUGUUACAGAAUAAUUUGGCGGAACAUGGUUCUGAAAUCUGUCCACCUAAUGCGCUUAACAAGGAGCAUCUUUUGAACUGUGUAGAACGUCCAUACCUGCAGAUGAAAUACUCAUUUCGGGAUACAACCUACCGCAACGAUUUAAACAUGUUCUUCGAAGAGAGGGCCGGAAAUUUGCACGAUUGCUGUAUCUACGUUGAGAUCAGUGAUAUAGGGCGUACUCUAUGUGACAAGGUUGUGGAUCGUGAUAGGACUAUACUUCGCUUGCUAAAAGAAAUUAAUGAGCUAAAGCGAGGGAUCACUAACAUCAAAUUAAAUGCGAAGACGCCCGCUGGCAGCAGCAAAAGUUUGCCUGCUCAAAUAGAAGAGUAUCAUCCGGAGCCGGUUAAAAAGAGAAUCAGAAGCGCCGACGAAGAGUACGUUCCUGAGAAUGGUGCAUCAUCAGGUGUUAAGCGAAUGUAUAAACCGUCAAGAAUAGUCGAUGGUCAUAAACCAAAUAGUGCAUCAGAACCCGAUCCCUACACACCGGAAACGACCGACACGCAGGUGAAGGUGUCCUACACGCCAACAUCAAGCCCUCAGAACAAAGUGGAGUUCCACAAUACCCCAUCUUCCAGAGCAAUAAAAGUGGAUAAAAGCGUGUUCGGACCGGACGACACCGAAGAGUAUGAUCCGGCAAAUCCAAAACCUUCUCCCGGAAAGCAAACGAAGACCGAUAGCGAGAAGGACAUGUUCUCCGAAAGCGAUCAUCAACACUCACCAAAUGGUCACGAAGCGACAGGUCCUAAGCCUAAUCGCACCUCGGCGUAUACUGCGAAACGGGAAGUUUUACCACGAAGCAGCAAACAAAGUGUACGCGAUUUGGAUAAUGAAAGCUCGGAAGACAUUGAAAGACGUAAAGCGAAGACGACGGACAAAGCAAAUGUACCUACUAAGGGAGAGGACAACAAAAAAGCACUUUUAAAACCAAAAAAAGGCAUUAACCGAAAAAUGGUCCCGAAAAAGGCAGUUGGGGAGGCAGAGUAACAUAGAAAAACUAACAGAAAUAGUAAGGUGAAGGUGAAAAGACUUUAAAACAACAGAAGGUGCCUCAAUUGUACGAGUCGGUCGUAACAAGAAACAUUACAUUACGGCAUAUAUUUUUAUAAAACUGCUCGGUAGUGGAUAUCUUCCCAUCGGCGACGGAAGUUUGCCUCUGCCGGUAGCAUAUUGGAUGAGGAUCAGAAAGUGGCGGUGCUACAAUUAGUGCAUGAAGUAUUUUGUACCACGCUAGUUUGUGGAAGAUGAAUUUGUGCCACAUGAACAGCGAGGAAAGUACACCGAUUGUUUUGUUACAUCUUCGCUACUGAUGGAAUAGGGAUUACGUAUUGUCGGGAGAUGGCCUUAGCAUUAUGAGUAUUAAAAACAGGAAAAAAGUUCCUUACGUUCCUUUCCAUCACUUCAUUUUGAAUUACCAUGAAUAGUCUGUGUAGGUCCUUUGACAUUGGUCUUGUUUAUUGAAUAUACAUUACCUUUUUUGCAAGUAAUACAGAUAUAGUACUUAGAAAA